UUUAACCCGCUUCUAUUUCGUUCCUUCUCUGAUCUCUCCUCUCUCUCACACACACACAACAAUGGAAAACGAAGAAGAAGUACUCGCAACCUCAAACGAACCCCUAGACCCUAACCUCCACAAGAAGCACAUCUCAAUGAUCGAGCGCCUCUCCAACCGCCACCAAACUCGCCUCGACAACUCACUCGCUCGCCAAUCCGAGUCCGACUCGUCAUCCUCCUCCAUCGCCACCGCCACCACCACCGCCUCUUUCCUCUCCCGCUUCUCCGACUCCAAGUGCUCCAUCGACUCCCAACUCGCCCAGUCCCGGCUCACCGAUCCCGCUCAACUCAGAUCUCACCUCGACGGCAUCUCCGCCUCCAUUUCCGACCUCGAAAAGCUCGUCGCCGAGUCCUCCUACUUCUUGCCCUCCUACGAAGUCCGCUCCUCUCUCAAAACCAUCUCCGAUCUCAAACAAACCCUUGAGAAUCUCAACUCCGAGCUCAUUCCCAAGAAGAAAUUCUCUUUCAAGAACAAAGCCUCCAAGCAAGACCGAGGCCGAUCAGUCUCCGAUUCAAAACAAACCGCGCCGGAAAAUGCCGCUUCGUUUUCAGUUUCCCUCGAGAAAUUGAGUUUCCAGGUGAGAGAUUCGCCCGGUUUGAGAAACAAAAACGGCGAGACUUUGGUGAAGAAUUUCAAAGGCUCCGAGGUUGGGGAAUUCACGGUUUCGGAUCUCGAUUCUUGCGAAGUGAGACUGAUUGGUUCAGUGAGAGCAUUAUUUGUUCAUAGGCUGAAGAAUUGUAGGGUUUAUGCUGGGCCUGUAACAGGCUCCAUUCUGAUCGAGGGGGCUGAGGAUUGUGUGUUUGUAAUGGCGUCGCAUCAAAUUCGGAUCCACAAUGCGAAGGGAACCGAUUUUUAUUUGAGAGUGAGGAGUAGGCCGAUAAUUGAGGAUAGUACUGGGGUGAGGUUUGCGCCAUAUUGUUUGAGCUAUGAAGGGAUUGAGGAGGACUUGAGGGAAGCGAGUCUCAAUGAGGAAACGGGGAAUUGGGGCAAUGUAGAUGAUUUCAAGUGGUUGCGUGCAGUGCAGUCACCGAAUUGGUCGGUUUUGCCGGAGAAUGAGAGGGUUGGGAUGGUACAAAUUUCGAAUUCGGGUGAUGGAAUUGAAGGAAAUUAGCUUUGUUUGAUCUUCUUUUUAUUAGUGAUUGUUCAAAAGUGCGUGUUUUAGUUUAGGGGGCCUGUGGAGCUAUUCAAAUUUCAGUCUGUAACUCAAGCUUCACCGUUAGCUUCGCCGUUCGCUCUAAUCUGCGUGUUGGGUCAUCGCCGUCGCUCGCUGCAUGUUGGGUCAUUGUUGCUCGCUGCAUGUUGGGCCAUCGCUGUCCCUCACUCUCUCUGACCUUUACCGCUAAUGGUUUUACUUUGUUUCUAGUGGGUUUUGGGAUUUUGAUAAAUGGGUUUUUGGAUCUUUGGAUUUGGGUAGGUUGAUGAUGGUGGCUUGAUGAUGGUGAUGAUGGUGAUUGGAUCUUUGGAUUUUUGUUGUGUGGCUUGAUGAUGGUGAUUGGGUAGGUUGAUGAUGGAUCUUUGGAUUUGGGUUUUUGGAGGCUGGUUGAUGGUGGUUCGGUUGAAUGGGUAUGUGAAUUUCAUUGAUGGUAGCUUGGUUGAAUGGGAUGGUGGCUAGGUUGUUGUGUGGCUUGAUGAUGGUGGUUGGAUGAUGGUGGUUGUGUGGGUUGUGUUGGGUCCGUGAGAGAGAUUACAGCGGGAAAAAAAUGAAUAUUUUAUUGAAUAAAUGUGUAUAAUAGAGAAACUGAUGUGGGAGUUUUGUAAAAAUAGGUGUGCAAAAUAGAAAAAGCAAGAUUUUUUUUUUUGCAAAAUGGACAAAUUUUUUGCAUCAACUGAUGCAGAUGCUCUAAGAAUGGUUGCAUCCACCCCCCUCUCUUAUGUUAUGGGUCCUGAUGUUUGUUGUGUUAAAAGGAUAGUGCCAGAGAAACUGAGUGUGGAAAUAUCAUUUCCCUUGACUUGAACAUCUCCCCCCAAACCUCCACUCACCUUACACGUGGGGAGCUACCAGUUACCAUUCCACCUACAAGGAUUUAACUAUUUGUUGGCCUGGCCUAUUUCCACACUAAGAAUGGUUGCUUCCACACCCUCUCUUAUGUUGUGGGUCCUGAUGUCUGUUGUGUUAAAAAGGAUGGUGCCAGAGAAACCGAGUGUGGAAAUAUCAUUUCCCUCGAGUGAGAAUCUAGCCAGUUUGUAUUAACAAUUCCAAUUAAAGAACAACAUGUUUGUAAAUGAAGGAAUUUUGCACUUAAUUUAUGGUUAAAUAAAUGUAUGUGGAAAACGAAAUCAAAGAUCCUAAAGGUUUGAUCCUUGUCUUUACAAUUUAUACUAUGUUUGUUUGCACAUGGGUAGGGAAGAAGAGAAGAAAAAUA